AUGACCGACUCCAAAUCCCCCAGACCCGUCUCUGUCCUUUUCGUCUGCCUCGGCAACAUCUGCCGCUCAACAAUGUCCGAAGGCGUCUUCACCUCGCUCGCCCCCUCACAUCCCCUCAUAAAAUCCAUCGACUCCUGUGGCACCGGCGCAUACCACGUCGGUUCCUCGCCCGAUCGGCGCACCAUGUCCACGCUCAAAUCGCACGGCAUAACCACAUAUCGCCACAAAGCGCGGAAAUUCGACGCGAGGAAGGACUUUGAUGAGUUUGAAUAUAUCCUUGCGAUGGAUGCGGAGAACUUGAGUGAUUUGGAGGCGGAGAGGAAGAGUGUGGUGAGGAAGAGGGGAGGGGAAGAGGGCGUGGGGAAGGUUAUGCUGUUUGGGGAGUUUGGUGGGAAGAAGGGGGAGGAGGUGGAGGAUCCGUAUUAUGGUGGGGAGGAGGGGUUUGAGGAGGCAUAUCGGCAGGCGGUGAGGUUUUCAAAGGGGUUUUUGGAGAAGCUGGAAGCUGGUGAGCUCAGCUAG